AUGGACGAUUGGGGCACUUUGCCCCGGGUGGAUAAAUUCUCCAACCACCAUGAUGCAAGCGGAUUGGGGCACCAAGCGGCGGUGAGAUGGACGCUGGAGGAGCAUCGCUUCAGGAACCACCGUGGUUGGUUUGGAACUACCUGUAGAAAAGCUCCAUGGCCUCAUGGGCGUCCUGGCGCCAGGACUGCCCUCCACCAUGCAGGACACGUCCUCCCUGGCACCAAUGACCGAUGCCCGAUGCCUGCAGGUGUGAAAAUCCAGAAAGUCUGCUGCUCCAGGGCUCCGUCCAUGUGUGGGUGGUACGUGCGGGCGUCUGUCGGAGCAGGGGCCUUGCCCGUCGGUUAG